AUUUUGUGGUUAUAGCAACUGAUAAAGGAAUGCCCAAUUUGUCUACUACAGCACAUGUAUGGCUAAAAGUACUAGACAUGAACGACAACCCGCCUAAAUUCGAACAAUCCAGCUACUCCUGCGGCCUUUCGAUCAACGCCAAAAGAGAUCAAUUCGUCACAGUCGUCAGAGCGAGCGAUCUCGACGAAGUGGACUCCAACAAUUUACGAUAUUCAAUAGUGAGCGGUAACGACCAUCAAACUUUCUCCAUGGAUUCGAAUAGUGGAAUUAUAACUCUAACAAACUUGGCAAACUUUGGAUCUCAACACAUCAUGCUUCUUAACAUUUCCGUUUCUGACGGAGUUUACACUACUUUUGCCAGACUUAAAGUCGAGUUACUGCCAGCGAAUUUAAAUCCCCCUCAGUUCACUGAUAUCAUCAGAGACGUGCAAGUACCCGAAAAUAGAUUACCUGGUUAUUUAGUAACCGUUGUUAACGCUACUGACGAGGAUAUGGGCGAUUUUGGAGUCGUAACUUAUAAUAUUCACUCUCCGUUACUUAGCGAAGUUUUUUCUGUUGAAAAAUCGUCAGGAAAAAUAACUACGAAAGUGAAACUUGAUCGUGAAAAGCACAAAAUGUAUGAAGUGCUUGUCUCUGCUACUGACGGAGGUGGUUUAUCAGACUUUAUGACAGUGAGAGUUAAAGUUACAGAUGAGAACGAUAAUUUCCCCAAAUUUUUACUCAAAGAAUAUAAGGUUAGUAUUCACUCUAAUCUAACAACCGGUACCAGCUUUGCUAGAGUUAAAGCAGUCGAUGAUGAUGAAGGUGCUAAUGCAGAAUUAAGUUACUCUAUUUAUGAAAAGAAGCAGUCUGAAGUGGGAAGUAUUUUUUCUAUUAAUCAUGUUACUGGAGAACUGUAUUUGCUGAAAAAUGUUUACACCUCAGUUGGUAAUACUUUUCAAUUUUUUGUGAGAGCCACUGAUCGAGGGAAACAAGAAAAACACGCCGAUGUUCCCGUUAAUGUUCUCAUUAUGGGACCGAAAGACUAUCCUCCGAUUUUUGAAAGAGAUGUUGGCAAGUUCUUUUUGUCAGAAAAUUCGGCUACAGGCACAGUUAUAACUCGACUCAAAAUGGUCUCGAACAUUUCUGUCAACUUCCGAAUAAUAUCGGACUACGAUGACGAUCCUCAAUUUUCGAUAGACUCGCAAGGACAAAUAUCUCUAGCCAAACCAUUAAACUUUGAAGCACAAAGCUCACAUUUCAUAGGUGUGUUGGCGUUGACAGAUUCAAGUCCUCCUUUAGUAGCGCUUGCGGAAAUCGUGUUGCAAGUUCAAGACGAAAAUGAUCAUGCUCCACAAUUUGAAAGUAAUCUGUACCAUUUGAGUUUGGCUGAAAACGUGGAAGAAGGAAGAUCUGUCUUAAAAGUUAUGGCACACGAUGAGGACCAAGGUAACAAUGGGGAAGUGCGGUAUAAUUUUGGAUCUGAUAUUGGGGCCAUCGCCAAUUUAUUCGCAAUAGAUAUUCAUACAGGAUGGAUAAGUGUAAUAGCUAAAUUAGAUAAGGAAACCAAAUCCGAAUACAAAUUUUUCGUCACGGCUACUGAUAACGGAUCCCCUAAACAUUCAGCGCGAACUACAGUUUUGAUACGUCUAAAAGAUUAUGAUGACAGCCCUACUAAGUUUAAAGAAAGUUUUUAUAACAGCUCAGUGAGUGAAGAUGCUUUACCAGGAACCGUUGUUCUAACUCUGGAUACUAUAGACGAUGACAUCGAUCUUUCCACUCCAGUUGAGUUCUACAUUGUUUCUGGUGAUAGUUGCGCUGAUUUUCAAAUUAAGCAAACUGGUGAAAUUUACGUUGCAAAACCUCUAGAUCGAGAAAGAAUUCCUAUUUAUAAUUUAGUGGUUAUAGUUACAGACGGACUGUAUACAGACAAAGCAGAAAUACAGGUUACAAUAGGAGAUGUUAAUGAUAAUCCACCGUACUGCCUUAAACAUAGAUACCGCGAACCUCUUUCAGAAGGUAUAUUACCAGGUUCGUACGUUCUAACGGUUCUAGCUACAGACGCUGAUGGUCCAGAACAUUCUAAACUACGCUACGUUUUAGCCGGUAACGGUUCUGAAAACUUCUCUUUAGACAAAGAAACUGGAAUACUAAAAACUGUAGCCUAUUUGGAUAGGGAGAAGCAAUCGAAAUACCUACUAACAGCGCACAUACACGAUAAAGAAGUAGCAGUAUGGGAAUGUUCCUCAAAAAUUGAGCUUACGAUUUCAGAUUUGAACGAUAACGCUCCUCUAUUCUCUUUGCCUUAUUACUCAAUAAGUUUACCAGAAGACGUUGAAGUGGGAACUUUAGUGACGAAAGUCCAUGCGUCUGAUGCCGACGUCGGAAUGAACAGAAAAGUCAAAUACACGUUUAUUGAUUCUUUUCAUGACCAUUUCCGUGUCGAACCCGAUAGCGGUAUAGUCACUCUAGCUAAGCCAUUGGAUAGAGAAAUCAGAGCUAUGUACAACUUAACAGUUCAAGCUACAGAUCAGGGUGCUCCUCAAUUAUCUAGUACCGUUCAUCUUAUCGUAAACGUACAAGACAUCAACGACAAUCCUCCAGAAUUCACAACUAAAUAUUACUUUGCUACUGUGCCUGAAAUUGAUAGCAUUGGAACAGAAAUUGUUAGAGUUCUAGCCACAUCUAAAGAUAUUGGUGCUAACGCCGAUGUCUACUACUCCAUUAUCGGUGGCAAUGAACAUAAAAAAUUCUCUAUACAUAAUGAAACUGGUGUAAUAACUAUCGCAGAUACUUUAGAUUUUGAAAGAGCUAAAGACUAUUUCUUAACUAUUCAAGCUAUCGAUGGCGGAAUUCCACCCUUAAGCAAUGUUGCUACUGUUAACAUUACCAUAAUUGAUUGUAAUGAUAAUGCUCCCGUUUUUAAUCAAGCUUCGUAUAGUGCCAGAAUAAGAGAAGAUGCACAGAUAGGAGACAAAAUUUUACAGAUUGUUGCAACCGAUUUAGACAGUGGCAAAAAUGGCGAGGUGUCAUACUCAAUCAUUAAAGGAAACAAUCAAGGACAAUUCGAAAUUGAUGAAAAAACGGGCUACGUUUUUGUAUCGGCUGACUUAGAUCGAGAAACCGUAUCCAGUUAUGUAAUAGAAAUUUUAGCUAAGGAUAAUGGAUUGCCGGUUCUUUCCAGACAAACUUUACUUAAUAUUGACAUUUCGGAUGCUAAUGAUAAUCCGCCAAUAUUUUCUCAAUCCAAUUAUAGCGUCAUUGUACAGGAGGAUAAGCCACUGGGAUACUCUAUAUUAAAGUUCGAAGUCACAGAUGACGAUACUGUUCCCAAUACAGUUCCAUACACGUUCGAUUUUCGUCAUGGUAAUGAAGGAAAUAGUUUCAGAUUAGACCAAGACGGGGUCUUAAGAACAGCUACCAAAUUUAACCACAAAAUGAGAGAUACCUACUUGCUACAAGUUCGCGUAUUCGAUAACGGAAGUCCACCUCUUUUCUCCGAUACUUGGGUGGUAGUUAAAGUAAUAGAAGAGUCACAGUAUCCACCAGUAAUAACACCGCUUGAAGUAAAUAUUAAUAGUUAUUUAGAUGAGUAUCCUGGAGGUCUAAUUGGUAGAGUCCACGCAAUUGAUCAAGAUCAGUAUGAUACAUUGACAUUUUCUUUAUCACCCACAGCUGGUAUUUCAUAUCCCACUCAAGAAUUGUUUACAAUAAAUAAAACAGAUGGUACUCUAAGAGCUCUUCCUCGGUUAGAUGCAGGUGAUUACAGACUAAAUGUUACUGUGACAGACGGAAAAUACUCUACCAACGCAAUAGUAAAAGUCAACCUGGAAAUUCUAUCAGAAAGUAUGCUAGAUAAUGCUGUAGGUAUCAGAUUCCGAGAUGUCAGACCAGAAACGUUUAUCCUAAGCCACAGAAAGGGUUUUGUGCGAGCAAUCAGAAACGCUAUGAACUGUAGACUCAAGGAUGUAAUAAUUAUUAGCGUCCAACCUUCUAAUAACGACGAUCUACUUAGAGCUAAACGUUACAGCAACAAAGAUCUUGAUGUGCUCUUUACAGUUCAUAAACCCGAAGAAGGUUUUUUCCCAGCUGAAAUAAUAAAAAAGACCUUAAAUGACAAUCUUCAAGAACUCGAGGAAAGCACUAAAUUAGUUGUAGAAGAAAUAGUUAGAUUAAAAUGCAGCAAUAAAUAUUGCAUAUAUGGUCUAUGCCAAGAUCAUUACAUAUUGGACACAACCAACAUCGAUCCUAUUUCUACUGAUGUCACGAGUUUCGUUUCACCUAAACAUCAUCAGAAACUUGAAUGUAUUUGUAAAGAAGGUUACGGUGGUGAUAAAUGCGAUGCUAUAGUCAACGAAUGUGCCAGACAACCUUGCGAACCAUUCAAACUAUGUGUACCAGAUUCUUCUCAGGUUGGCUAUUCUUGUCAAUGUCCAGAGGGUUAUGCAGGAACUAGUUGUGAAGUAGAUAUAUCCAAAUGCCAUGACAAUAAUUGUUACAUAGCCAGAAAUCCGAUUUCGUUCAGCGGAAAAAGUUAUUCUCAGUACAGGAUUAUUAAUAAAAAAUCAAUUGAAGACAAGUUUAGUUUGAGCCUGCGGAUUAGAACUGUGCAGCCCACUGGGAAUCUGCUGUAUGCUGCAGGAAAGAUUGAUUAUAUUAUUUUGGAGAUCGUCAAUGGUCGAAUUCAAUUCAGAUGUGAGCUUGGCAGCGGCGAAGGAAUAGUUCGAAUUCCAAACGUUUUCAUCUCAGAUGGAAACUGGCAUGAGAUAAAACUAGAUAGAGAUAGAAACAAUGCAAAAAUUAUCAUUGACGGUAUAUACAACGCCCAGGGUUCAGCUCCUGGUGUCAACGAGAUCCUCAACUUACAAAGUGACGAACUGUAUUUAGGAGCAGAAGUACAUCAACAUCCGAGCGUUUUAGGUUUCGAAGACAUUCAAAAAGGUUUCAUAGGAUGUAUGGACGAUAUAAGAAUAUCUAGAGUAUCAGUGCCUUUACACAAGUCGGGAGAAAACUCGGUAGUUGUUCUUAAAAGAUUCGCAAAUGUAGAAUUUAGUUGCGAUACUGCGACUGUGCUAGUCCCGCCGGGUCCUUGCGGGUCCCAACCAUGUAUGAAUGGAGGAACUUGUAAGGAAACUAAAAAUGGCUACGAAUGCAGUUGUCACGCGAGAUACACGGGAAGUCUUUGUGAGCGCGAUACUGAUCCCUGUGCAUCGACGCCUUGCCUAUUCGGUGGUAAAUGUACUCCAACUGUUACUGGAGACUUUACGUGUGAAUGUGUAAAUAGACUAAUUGGUAAACGCUGCGAAUAUGGAAAAUACUGCACUCCAAAUCCUUGCAAGCACGGCGGGGUUUGUGAAGAAGGCGACGAGGGACCCUUGUGCAAAUGCAGAUCUUUUACCGGAGAAUUCUGUGAAUUCGAUUUGAAUGAAUGUGAGUCGUCACCCUGUCAAAAUAGCGGUUCUUGUAUCAACGAUUUCGGUUCUUUUCAUUGUGUUUGCCCGCCCAAUGUCACCGGACCUUAUUGUGCAAAUACCAUCUACAACACACCGUUAUCCACCUCGUUUUAUAAUAUUACCUGGGAGGAACUCCUGUAUAUCGGAAUAGGAGCUGGUGCCAUCUUCGUAUUGUUUAUUCUAAUAAUUUGUUGUUGGUGUUACUGCAGAUGCAAGCGGAAACGUAAUAUGAAUAACGAAAACAUAAAAGAAAAUAUUGUUUUGAAUUCAAAUAGAGCCCACGAGCUAUCCGAAUUUAAAAGGGGUUCUAAAAUCAGUAAUCUGGAAGUGAAUCAAAGGGACCUACCAACUUGCCCACCAAGACCUGUAUCUUACACUCCAAGCUCUCAAAACGAUCCGAUCUACAACUGUAACGCUGCAACAGUGAUGUUAAAUAAUUUAGAUACUUUAAGAAGUUACGGUUCGGCAGGGGACGAACUAGAAAACCCUCCACCCGACUACGUACGACCCGAUUAUGUGAAAAAUCUAAACAGGAACACUCCUCCUGGCUGCAUCAGCAACCACUAUGAUUCAGAAAAGUCGACUUUUGCCGAGCAAAUGCAUUUACAGACAUCGUUAAAUGACAGAUCUAAGAUUAAAAAAGGAUCAAAUAACAUUCCUGAUUAUAUCAGGCUCGCUGCUUCGAAUAACUGUGAUAUUACCAAUAGACUGUAUGGCGGGCGAAGCAAUGGAACUAGUAAUAUUAAAAGUAAUGGAUCUGUGAGCGCGGAUGAACAACGAAAUACAGGAAGUUAUCAUUGGGAUUGUUCUGAUUGGGCGCGUCAUAGCCAGACCUUACCUAACAUAACGGAGGUGCCAGGCAGCGAAAUCCCUGAUUCCUCUAGCUUUCACAGUAACGAAAGUAACGAAUCCCAUUACCAUCCGCAUUCCUCUUCGGUGUCGGGGAACUACCAAGACCCCCGUCGAGACAUUGAGACACUCAACGAAGAAAAUGAGAUUGAGUUUAAUGCGGACCUGUACAGAUCGAACCGUAUCAGCCCAAGUCUCAGUGGUCUUGACAGUGGUAAUGAAGAAUAUAGAUUCACCACAGCCGAUAGUUAUACACGUCAUCCAAACUCAUACCUCCCAGCCCAUGAAUACAACAUUCCAACAGAGGCCGAUGACUUGCACAGCCCCGAAGCAGAAUCCGACGACGUUGAGCCUUAUGGAUUCCCUAGUAAUAGAAAUAGAAGAAAAAACUGUGAUGACGAUAUUGCCUCUGUAAUUACCACAUUAGAAGAAAGACAUUCCUUGCUUGGUGGCUAUGCAAGUAGCAACGAUCUCUCCACUAACCUCUGCGAAAUAGAAGACUCAGAAUGCGAAUCCGAGCACAAGCCUCUGAACAGCUAUCUCGGUGGCGUUCAGCAAACCUCAGUCUGACGAAAACCCAACACGGGUACGAUCCGAUUGACCCGUUUUAUUGGAUAGUAUCAGAAUCAAAUGACUACUGCUUCGAUGGAUGACGGUCGUCUUCUAAGUUUUUUUCGAAAAUAACAAUUAAAUUAAAUCGGAAAACGUGAUCUUUUAAGGACAGUUUGAGGUAGUAUUAGCGCACUAACUAUUAACCAACCACAACCUGUUCGGGAAUUGAAAACAAAAAUUAAUUAUUAUCUCAUAGUCUGCAUAUCACAACAGACAGUUAACAGAGGAGUUUUCUGGCUACUGAAAAUUACACAAGUCCUUUUUGUUUAAAAACAUUUUUGCUUUGAAGAUUUGUCUAACUAAAAACAGUUGUUUGCAUCAAAUUUGCUUUAUUGAUAAGUAACAUUUUAAAGUAUAAUAUCAACUUAUUAUUAAAACACACAUAUGCCCAUUGUAGACAUUUUAUAAGCCUUUCCUAAUUUACAAUAAAUCAUUAUCGGUUAUAAUGAAAGUCAACAUUUUGGAAGUCUAGCUAAAUUUUCACUAUCUGAGUAAUUAGAUAGUUUGGUUGUUUCAUUAUAUUCAGUAAUAAAUAGUAACCAAUCAGAAGGAUCGCCAUUAAAAAAUGGUAACUUACGAUCAAUGACUUGCCUUCUUAACAUGCAAACAUUUAAAUCUUCCUUUUCGUCUACGUCUUCGACACCAUCAUUUUGAGAUAGUUCACUCCAUUUUUCUACCAUUUCCGAUAGACAUCGUUGAUCAUCUUACUUUUUAUCUUUACUUUUCUCUAACCAGUCUGUAACCUUUUGUUUCUCGCUGAUAAAGUUACACAAAUCUUCUUCAUCUACACCAUUUAUACUUGCUGCUUCAUCAAAUUUCAAUUUAUCUAUAGCUAGCUGCUCUAGAAUUAUCUGUUUUUCCAUUUGCAUUUCCAUUAUUUUUAUUUUUGCAUCUAAUUCUAGUUCCAUUCUAGAGACCAUACUUUGUCUGCUUCUGGCUGUAGUUGCCUUUGUUUCUUCACCAUUUCCAUGACCAGUCUGUUGGUCUUUUUCACAUGUAAGCGCAUUUUGAUCUUUUUCUCCAGUUGUCUCUAAAUCGCCUUCAGUUUGGGCUUCCGCGCGUCGUCUGGUAUUGUAUAUCUUCCUAACUGCUCCUAGCAAUUUUUGGCUGGCCAUAACGUAGAGUUAUAGUGUCUGCUGUGAGUCUAUAAGCUGGUAUUGGUGGUAAAUUGCAAUAAAAUCUAUUUUCAACAAUAUUACUUUUCAUAUUUUUAUUUGACAAGUUAACAUUACUUUUUCUCUAGCUAUAUACAGCAUGUUUAACAUAAUGAAACAAAAAUACAAAAUAACUAGAACUAAUUAAUAACAGUUUGCUUAUUCGUUUAAUUUAAGAAAUAAUCGAAAAUUUACUGAAUGAAUUAGAAAAGGCGAU